CUUCGUCUCUGAGGUCAGUGUUUCAGCUCCUUGAACGAUAUAUACGAUCUUAUCGAUUUCGCAUUAUUCUAUCUUAGGCUAUGUAUAUGACUGUCGAACUUAGUUUUACCGCCGCCGAUUUGGCUUCGUUAUAUUUUCCCUAGUAGAAUUAAUUGUUUAGGUGUUUGCUAAGCUCAUUUGCAUGACUUAUAUUGGCAGAUAAUAAGGACUUGUGUAUUUUUCCAUCGUUAAAAGGCAUUUCAAAGAGACAAUAUGUCAGGUGAUGAGGCUGCCCCUGUUGUUGUUCCUCCCCCCGUUGCUGAGCCAGCGGCCAUCCCAGAGGACAUGGACUUAAUGACUGCAUUGGAGUUGACUCUUAGGAAAGCUCGUGCUUAUGGUGGUGUUGUUCGUGGUCUCCAUGAGUGUGCUAAGCUUAUUGAGAAGCGUGUGGCUCAACUCGUUGUCUUGGCUGAAGACUGCAACCAGCCUGAUUAUGUCAAGCUUGUGAAGGCUCUCUGUGCUGAUCACGAAGUCAGGUUGCUAACAGUUCCAAGUGCCAAGACCCUUGGCGAAUGGGCUGGUCUCUGCAAGAUUGAUUCUGAGGGUAAUGCCAGGAAGGUUGUUGGAUGCUCAUGUCUUGUUGUCAAGGACUUCGGCGAGGAGACAACUGCCCUCAGUAUCGUCAAUAAGCAUAUUGCUUCUCAAUAAAAUGCCAUGAAGCAUAUCUAAACUCGGAUUUCAUAUGUUUUCCACCCCCAAUGCUGUUUUCUCUUGGUUUUGAUAUAUUAUCUAAUAUUUAGCGGACAGCUCUUGAGAUUUGUUUGGAACAUGAUCAAGUUUUGUUGUUAUCUAGACUUUACUCUUCCAAGGCCAAAUUUGCUUGAGAUUUAUUUGGCUCAUUACUCUUCAUCAUAAUUUUUUUUUUCCUAUUAACCUAUAUGGUUUCUACUUAACUAAUAUAGUUGAGAGAGUGAAAGCAUU